AUGCCCAUCUCUCUUCCUUAUCGCUUGGCGCAGCUGGCGCUCUGUGCGUCUGCCUGCUUUGCCAUCCCAACUCCGGGGGGGCAUUUACCCUCUCUUCAGCCCAACUGCAAUGAUAUUGACAUCAACCUCAGGGCCAGUGCUCCCAACAAGAUCUUCACCUUUAAUCUGACCAAGUACGGCACACCGGAGGCGACUACUGAACUGCUCGUGUCCCUCGGGACCGCUCCUACAAACGUCGUCAAUGGCAACUAUCGGGUCGCGGGGCGGUUCUGCUCUCCUCUGCGCGACGUCCCCGAGCGUCGACAGACCCUUCAAAUACUGGUCCACGGUUUGACUUACACAAAGGAGUACUGGAAUGGCCCGUCCACCCAAGCUUCCGGUCCUCCUGCCACCAACCAGUCAUGGAUCUACUACGCUGCAGAGCAGGGCUACUCCGUCCUCGCUGUCGACAGACUGUGCAACGGACGGUCAGCUCAUUCAAAUGGCAACGAAGAGUGCCAGCGGCCUCUUGAAGCCGCCAUCCUCGACAAAGUUGUACAAACUGCCCGCAACGGUACCUUGCCUGGGCUUCGCACCAAAUUCAACAAAAUCAUCUACGUCGGUCAUUCCUAUGGCUCUGAGAUCGGAAGCUACAUCGCUCGGACUAAUCCGUCUGUCAUUGAUCAGUUGCAUCUGACGGGCUACUCCGAAAACAUUCUCAUCACUUCGCCUGCCGUCAUUCUUCGCCCAGACCUGAGACUCGCUUCAAAGACUUCCCCGUCGCGGUUUUCCAACCUCGACCCCGGCUAUACCAUGGAAACGGCCAGAAACGUGUCCGAGAAACUCUAUUACAGCAAGGCGGCCGUGGAUCCAGCCGUACUGAACUAUACGUGGGCGACUCGAGGGACGGUGGCCAUUGGCGAGCUGCUGACUGCCGGUGGAGGUCCGGCUCCCCAGUACAAUGGUGAUGUUUUCGUCAUCAACGGUGACGAGGACGCUCUAUUCUGCCCCGUGGAUGCUGCAUCGGCCGUUGCGAUAAAGCCAGGCGCAUGUACCGCUACAAAUGCUACCGAAGACGUCGCUCACGACUUUCCUGGGGCGCGACGCUUUGGAUACUUCAACGUACCCGGCACCGGCCACUCGAUUGGUCUACACAAGACAACAUCUCUUGCAAUAGUCGCAUCACAUCAAUUCAUGGCGGAAACGGGAUUCUGA